AUGCCCGCACCUUCCAAACCGAUUUUCUCAAUCCCGACGCGAUGCCAAUCCCUGGGAUCCGUGGUACCCGUUGUACUUUCAACCCAGAAACCAAUUACUUUGAUCAUCAAAAUGGUCACCCCAGAACAUCACGACGUGGUUCAGGCUUUUGAUAAAGCCAUUGAUAGUGCUCUUACACAGAUGGGGCUUGACAGGGCAACUUUUUCCUACACCGAAGUCAACAUCGAUGUUAAUGGCACGUCGAAACAGCCAGACUGGGGGUUGGGCCCCAGACGAGUCCCUCGUGGCACUAACAGGUGGCCUACGGUGGUUGCGGAAAUCGCCAUCUCGCAAACUAGAGCAAGGUUGCAGCGUGAUAUCGAGUUAUGGCUCGACCCCAGUAGGGGCAACGCCAACAUUGCAAUCGCCAUCAAGGCAAGCAGAACCUAG